AUGGCUGAGUUGAUGUCCGCUUUCGACCAGAAUCCAAAGAAAAGACAACACCUGCGCCUCUCCCAGGUAACCUUCAUACUGAGCAGCCUGGAGCUGAGCACCCAGAUCUCCCUUCAAACAGCCAGUCUUCUGUGCAACCAGUCCUCAGUGACCCGUUCUGUGCCUCGGUCAAUCGUGCAGGGGCCGGUGAGGAGGGCCGCGUCCCCCACGCCCCUCCCUCGUGGGGUCCACAGCUCUCCUGCCAUGAUCCCGGGGCGUCCAAGGGUGGUGAGCAGGGUGGUGACCAGUCGGGGCGGCCCCCGGGAAGAGGCCCCAUCGCGGUCGCCUUCCCUUGGCUCCACCCCCAGCACGCCGCUGCCCCGGCCCAGCCCUCCGGCUCAGCAGCCGCUCCCUGAAGAACAGGUGGAGGGCGGAGGGGUCUUCGCCACGCUGGCUGUUUGGGGCUUCUAUGCGUACACCUUCCAUGUUUGUCCGACAGGAGGACCAAUGGCGCCCGCUUCUGACACUGCUGUGAGGAUCAUGACUGGCGGUGUGCCGCGCACCCUCAGGCAACUGCAGGUCGUCAAGGGCGCCCGCACCCCUCGAGGGUGUUGCACAGUGCUUGCUGAUACCACCUCCACUGACCCGUCAGUGUUAGCAGACGGCCCCACCACCAACCUGCUCUACAGGGAAGGGCUGCUGUCUCGAGAGCACGUGGGCCAGCAUGUGGAUCGGACCGCGUUGCCCUCUGACCGAGCCCACCGCAUUCCACCUUCUCACCAGCUGCGGCCCCUCCCCGCCCCUGGACCCGCAGGCCGCAGUCUCCACUGCCGGAUAACAGGAAACAGCGCAGGAGACGUGCUCCUCAGCCUGCGGGUCACUGGCUGUGUCAUUGCACGGUCUGGAGGGCAGAUCAAGCAGACCUGCGUCUCUGCCGCGACACAGCAGGGCACAGCCUCCCAGAGGCAGCCGGCCCCUUCCUCGCCUCAGGACACGAACGUCCUUGGAGAGCAAACUGCGCUGGUCUGCCUCAGCAGCAACAGCCGCUGCGAGGAGUCGACGCCAAGGUCAUGCGGUCCCGUCCCGCCUGGCUCCAUCUCCCGAGUCCCCAUCACGGCACACUUUCCGGGAGCGUUCGGGCACUUUCAUGUCCCUCCAGGGCUGCAUGCCGUCUCGCAGAGGCUCUCCGUUUGGCCAAAGCCCUGCAUCUUCGUGCCAAGCUUCUUCCUCCUCAAUCUGUCCACAUUUCAGAGAAAAUCAGAGCCAUCUGUUUCUGCUUCCCUGGCUUCGCUGCUCGAAACUCUGCUGGUGACUAAACGCAGAAGAUUUCACGUCCCUGCCCGGCAUCCACACCCUCCUUCCCGGCAUUUCAGAGCAAAGGGCCGGGGGCAGAACCCGCUCUCUUCUCAUUUUGGCCGAACCUUCCUCGUCUGUUCCCGCCUCACAUGGCUGCUCACACUGAAAUGCUCGGCGGUGAUGAGCUGGGGGGCUGGCCUGACCCCGCCCUGCCCCCCCCCAGGGUCACCCCAGGUCUGUGUCCUGCGCUGCCCGGUCAGCCUCGGGGUCCUCUCCGUGAACGAGGGCUGCAGGCCCAGCAGCCAGAAGGGCGGGAGGAGAAACGGGGGUCGCCUGGCAGAUGAGGGGGCUCCCCAAGCACUCAGCCUGUCAGAAGCUCACACCGUCUCCAAGAGCACCUGCUCUUCUGGGCUACACUGGAAACAGAGAGACAAGGAGGUCUGA